AUGAGCACCACCAUCGACUCCAAGUCGCACAGCGACCCGGCAAAGGUCGAGGCCUACGGCGACAUUGACCAUGUCGCCGACCUCGACGAGAAGGCAUCGCCCGCCUCCUACAAGGCCGAUGCCAUCGAGGCUGAGCAGGCUGAGCACAACAUGGGAGUCAUUGAGGCCGUCAAGGCCUACCCCAUGGCCUCCCUCUGGGCUUUCAUCAUGUCUACCACGAUUAUCAUGGAAUCCUACUGCGUCUUCCUCAUGGGUGCUUUCGUCGCCAUGGACGAGUUCAAGGACAAAUUCGGUGUCGAAGCGGAGGACGGCAAGCAGAUUGAGGCAUCGUGGCAAUCCGCUCUUCAGAUGGGUGGUCCUCUUGGCGCCAUCAUCGGUGUCUGUAUCGCCGGUCCCAUCACCAGUCGCAUCGGAUACCGCUGGGCGACCAUCUCCGGCCUCAUGUUCCUCAAUGCCUUCAUCUUCGUCUUCUACUUUGCCAACUCGCUCGCCGUCAUGUUCGUCAGCCAGCUUCUCGAGGGCAUUCCCUGGGGUAUCUUCAUCGCCAACGCGCCCGCCUACUGCUCUGAGAUCGUGCCCAUGCGCCUGAGAGCCCCAGCCACCCAGAUGCUUCAGAUGUUCUGGGCCAUCGGUGCCAUUAUCGUCGGUGGUAUCUGCUACGUCUACGAGAGCAAGAGAGACUCCAGCGCAUACAGAGUCCCAAUCGCCCUCCAGUGGAUGUUCCCCACUCCUCUCGCCAUUCUUCUCUUCCUCGCUCCCGAGUCUCCUUGGUGGUUGGUUCGCAAGGGACGUCUCGAAGAGGCCGCAGUUUCGGUUCGUCGUCUUGGACGUUCGUCGGCCAAUGUCAACGUCGAGGAGUCUGUUGCCAUGAUGCGUCGUACCAUUGAGCUUGAGAAGGACGUCAAGGACCCCAGCUACGCUGAGCUUUUCAAGGGCACCGACAGAUACCGCACCCUCAUCGUCUGUGGUGUAUACGCCGCCCAGAAUCUUACUGGUAACCUUAUCGCCAACCAGGCCGUUUACUUCUUCAGACAGGCCGGCAUUGGCUCCCAGCUUGCCUUCGCUCUUGGUCUCAUCACCUCCGCCCUCCAGACCGUCUUCGUCAUGCUUUCCUGGAUUCUCACGACGUAUCUCGGCCGCCGCACCAUCUACGUCUGGGGUUCGCUCAUCAAUGUCGCCUUCCUCAUUGCUCUUGGCAUCGCCGGCUCCGUCGGCAAAUCCACCGCCGCCUCCCUGGCGAUGGCCUCUUUGGGUCUCAUCGUAUCUGUCGGCUUCACCCUCGGACCCGCCCCCGCUUCGUGGGUCGUCAUUGCCGAGACAUCAUCCAUUCGUCUUCGUCCCUUGACCACUGGUAUUGGCCGUGCCGCCUACUACGUUGUCAACAUUCCCUGCAUUUUCCUCGCCACGUACAUGCUUAACUCUACUGGUGUCAACUUGGGCGGCAAGUGUGGUUACGUCUGGGGUGCCACUGGUUUCGUCUGCUUCGUCGUCGCUUUCUUCUACCUGCCUGAGAUGAAGGGCCGUUCCUUCCGCGAGAUCGACAUUAUGUUCAAGCGCAAGAUCCCCGCCCGCCAGUGGAAGAAGACCGUCAUCGACAUCAACGAUGACGAGUAG